AUGGCUCAUGGAAAGAGGCCAGGAACCCUGACCAGAACACUGGAUCCCAGCUCUCCCAUCUGCCCUCAUCCAGGACCCACAAAGGAGAGUAAAGGAAGCUGUAAAGGUUUCACGGACGUGUCCGAGGAACCGCACGGCAGCUUAGAAGAAAAGGGAAGUAGCAAUGACCAGCUGACCCUUCCCGUUUCUGCCAACCAGUAUUUCAAGAAUCCUGCUCACAGUCCAGAGGACAUCGACGAGGAGGGCGCCUGCUCCGAGUAUGACAAUGUUGGCUCUGAUGUUGAGCAGGACUAUGAAGGGAUGCCGCAUGUUGACAGAGAAGGCACGAUGGGUACGAGGUACUAUAACAAAUACUGUCCUGAGGAUGACAGCUACCUGAAGCGUACAGUAGUCGUCGGCGGGGGCCACGGUGCUGUUGACCAGCUCGAACCCAGGGGACAUGAGGUAGCACAGGUAUAUGAAGUAGCACAACCGGAUGAGGAGCCUCACAAGUCAGAAUAUCACCUCAGUUCACAUCCCAACACCAUUGCCGGGGAUGAGGUGAAGGGGGAGGUGGAACAGGGUUUGGAGGGGGCCAGGUUGGUAGAAGAGACAGAUGACAGACUUCCAGGUCAUACCUCCACCUUUUAUCAGGGCAACGAGAGAGACAGGAUUAGAAAGGAAGUAGUUGGAAAGGUUAGAGAGGAGGCCACUCGUGGCACGAGAACCUGUGAGGCUCCAGGUGCCAGGAAGAAGUCAGGGUGUGAGUCCUCUCACCGGGGUUCAAAAGAGAAGGAGAGGCAGGAUAAAGGGCGAGGGAGGAGGGGAACAGGCGAGGACAUUGAUCAUAUAGAUUCUGAGAUUAAAGGAUGCAAGAGCAUUAGUGCUGAACCAUGUCCAAAGACAAAGGACUACAAAAAAGCUACCACACGGACAAAGCCAAGAUCUAGCUCUAGCAAAGCACAUCUUCCUCCUCCAAAACGUCAUAACCACGCUCCCGUGCAAGCUCACAGCCAGCCAGCCCAGCAUGACAGAGAAACUCCCACUGCACCGAGACCAACCACUUCUCCAUACUCCCAAGAGAGCCAUUCUGUGAUUAUAAAAUCAUCAGCGGCUUCACUCCCUGAUCCAGAACAUCAGAAGCAGCCUCUUGAGGGCACACAAAGCCAGACAGAAGAACUACAAGAGGGCCUCCCAGAGCCCCUGCAGGGGCCUUGGUGCCCCGAGUCCGUUCCACAAGUGGACAGCAGCAACAACAACACACCCAAGAGGACACAGGAAACCGCUUCUUUCCCCUGCUUUGUGGAUGUACCAGGACCUUGUGAGCCAGAAGACCUAAUUGAUGGGAUCAUUUUCGCUGCAAACUAUCUUGGCUGCACAAUGGUGUUGUCUGAUAAGAACCCCACCAAGUCUAUCCGGAUGUCACAAGCCCAGGAAGCAGUCAACCGUAUCAAGGCUCAAGAUGAAGACUCUCAGAUGGUCACUGAAGUGGACCUUUUUAUCUCCACUAAGGCUGUCAAAGUGCUGAAUGCCGACACACAGGAGACAAUGAUGGACAGUGCCUUGCGUACCAUCUCCUACAUCGCAGACAUUGGCAGUAUCGUGGUUCUGAUGGCACGGAGGCGCAUGUCUCCGGCAGCUUCACAGGACUUUACAGAAGCCUCUCUCUCCACCGGUGACGAGAAGAGCCAGUACAGAAUGAUUUGCUAUGUGUUUGAGUCGGAGGACGCGCAGCUCAUUGCACAAUCCAUUGGUCAGGCUUUUAGUGUUGCCUACCGAGAAUUCCUCCGAGCCAAUGGAAUCAAUCCUAAGGACCUGAGUCAGAAGCAAUACAGUGACAUCAUCAACUCCCAGGAAAUGUACAACGAUGACCUCGUCCAUUUCUCAAACUCGGACAACUGUAAAGAGCUGUGUGUGGAGAAGCAGAAAGGGGAGAGCCUCGGUGUGGUGAUAGUGGAGUCCGGCUGGGGAUCCAUUCUACCCACCGUCAUCCUGGCCAACAUGCUGAACACUGGUCCUGCGGCCCGCUCUGGAAAGCUCAGUGUCGGCGACCAGAUCAUGUCCAUCAAUGACACCAGCCUAGUGGGGCUACCACUGGCCACUUGCCAGGGUAUCAUUAAGGGGCUUAAGAAUCAGGUGAAGGUUAAACUAAGCAUUGUCAGCUGCCCUCCUGUCACCACUGUCCUCAUCAAGAGACCGGACCUCAAGUUUCAGCUGGGAUUCAGCGUUCAGAAUGGCAUCAUAUGCAGUCUGAUGCGGGGUGGAAUUGCAGAGCGGGGUGGUGUUCGGGUCGGCCAUAGAAUCAUCGAAAUAAAUGGCCGGAGUGUGGUGGCGAUGGCCCACGAGAAGAUUGUUCAGACCUUAUCUGUUGCAGUUGGUGAGAUCAACAUGAAGACCAUGCCUGCAGUGAUGUACAGACUGCUAACAGGACAAGAGACACCUAUCUACAUAUAG